AGUGUUACAUACUUCCUUCAAUUCUUUCCUCCUGGGACCAACACAAAGUGCUCCGUCAGAGAACAACACUGCACAGCAAGAAAGAUACAUAAAAGGACCUAUGAGAGAACAGGGGUCAUCCCAGCAGUCUUUUUUGAGUGCUUCACAGAGAGCCGCACACAUUGGAAUAGCUGGGAGAAUGUUUCUGUGGGCUGGAAGCAAAGGGGCUCAAGGAUCAGGAAGUGAGAGAAGUAGGACCUUUUAUCAGAAGAUUCGUGAGUAUGACAUUUUGGAGAAGAGGAGGACGGUCACAGCACUGAAGGCUGGAGAGGACAGAGCCAUUCUCUUAGGCCUCAGCAUGAUCCUUUUCUCUGCCAUGAUGUACUUUGUGUUGGGCAUCACAAUGGUGCGCUCUUACUCAGACAGCGUUUGGACAGAGGAGUCAAACUGUACAGUGCUAAAUUCUAGCAUAGUUGCUGAGAUUAACUGCAGCUACAGUUGCGGCUCUGAGUGCAGGAAGAGCUCCAGGUUUCCCUGCCUUCAAGUAUACGUCAGUCUGAACUUCACCGGCAAGGUUCUGCGGCUGUCAUACAAUGAGGAGGCCCAUGAGGCCCACCCUGAGUGUUUUUACAUCCCAAAGUGCCGCAAGGAUCACACGCUGAUGCACAGCAUUGUGAUGAACAUCUCAGAGCGACUGAAGACGCACCAGCAAGUUCUGUGCUACUACGACCCCUCGGAACAGCAGGACAGCGUCCUCCUGACACGUCUCUACGGCCGCGGGGCCAUCAUUAGCUCACUCCUCUGGCCUACGUGCACGCUGGUGGGGGGCACACUCAUCAUCGCCAUGGUGAAGCUCACUCAGUACCUGUCUUUCCUUUGCGAGCAGAUCAGCCGAAUUAAAAGGAUGGGGCUCUAUUCCUUAACAGGAGCUUCUCAAACCAGGGUCUGCACUCGGAAGUUUAAUGGCAGCAUCCAGGAUGGGGUUUGAAUGGAAGUUUUCUCUACUCCGUAUAUAGCGACAAAGUGUUUCCGCUCUUAUAUGGUCUUCCUCUGACACUCCAUCAGCCUUGUUAAUCUGCCGGGUUGUGUUGACAAGGCUGAAGUAAUGUUGUGAAGGAGAACUUCCUGUACCAUUGACUCAAUAGAGCUUCUAGUGGUCAUAGUUGGAACUUUUUACAAUAAGACUGGGUCAAGUCCAAUCCUGAAACUCACGAGUCAAAAUAUGUGGACAUGUUGUGGGGUGUCAGUUACACUUUCUGACCAGCAGAUCGGAGACUCCAUUCCAAGAAGUUGCCACUGUGUAGCGAUAUGUCUUGACCAGCUGACCCUUAUGUAAUAACUGAAAUUAAAAUUAUUAUGUAUAUGCUACAGCCAUCAGUGGUGACUGCUGUCAUUCAUGGCUCUAUGACAAACACCUGUGGACCUCUUCAAAGCCAAAGGUCAUAUGUUGAUUGUGACUAUUCUGUAUUUCUUAAAGGGAUAGUUCACCCAAAAAAGAAAAUCCUGUCAAUUUAUUCACCCUCAUGUCAAACCUGUAUGAUUUAAUUUCUUCUAUGGAAGAAAAAAAUAUUUUCCUAACAUUUUACAAUAUGGUUUCAUUUGUUGACAUUGGUCUACAUGAACUAAUCUAAAAAUUUCUACAGCUUUUACAAGUAUAUUUUUCAAUCAAAAGUUGUAUCUGUUAACAUUAAAUAAAGGGAUAGUUCAUCCAAAAAUGAAAAUCAUGGGAUAAUGCACUACGAACAAACAUAAGCAAUGGACAACUGUAUUUAUUUAUAUCAACUAAUAUUAAAAAAAGUUAUAUUUCUCAUUUUUAACGUUAACUAAUGUUAACAAAUGAGACCUUAAUGUAAAGUGAUAUUUUAAAGAACAUCAGGGUUUAAACAACAUCUGACCCCAUUGACUUUUAUUGUUCAGAGACAUUUUUCAAAAUAUCUUUGUUUGUGUUCCACAAGAAAAGAAAAAAGAAAAAGAAAAAUCAUGCAGGUUUGGAACAACAUGAGGGUAAGAAUGACAAAAUUUUCAAAAAAAAAAAUUUCUCCAGAUGAAAUCCAGUCUAGUCCUAGUAGUGCAUCAUUGUAGCAGACCCAAAAGCUGUGUAACGAAAUCUAGUGUGUUUUCUAGCUACUUAGUAAGGUAUCAUAUACACAAAGUCAAGUCUGUUCUAAAAUGUAAGUGGCAACAGUAAUGCCAAAUUCUAAUGGGCUGUUUGCAAAGAAAAUCUUCUAAAUCAGCUAGACACAACAGAAUAGAACAGAAUGCAGUGGCCUCAACAUCUGCAAUGUACAUGGUGUGAGGUACUGAAAAAACAUCCUCAGUAUCUUACAUCUACAUAGACAAAUCAUUAACAAACCAGAGCAAAGGAAUAAAAGAAUGUGUCCUGUGUGAACGGCAUCAAAGGCAUUUCAGGAACACUGCUAUUUAAUCAUGUAUAUACUGUAAUAUCAGUUAAGUUCUGCAUUCUGUAUUUGUGUUUUAUUUUUUUUUUCCACUAGAGUGAUUUCUUCUUUGUUGAUUACUGUAUUAACCAGGAAUCUUGUAUUGUCAGUUGUUGAUAUAUGGAUGUGAUUUCUCACUCGCAAAACAAACCCUGCAGGUGGAUUGAAUGAUUCGUAAGGUUUUGCAUAGAGAGAAACAACAGUGCCUCAUUUUUUUUAGACAACAUUUACAGUGACUGAAUAAAUUCAGUAGCAGUCCUCCAA